UUCAGCGUCAAGUUCAAGAACUGGCGUCGCCCCACCAAGGGCUGGACCGCGUGGGUCGACAGCAUGGAGCCCGCGCACGGGGUCGCGUGGAAAAGGGCCGGCAUUUACGACGCCAUCAAGAGCUCGACGUUCUUGAUCGGGAGACACCCCGGUUUAGUCCUCGGGCUCGCUCAGAACUGGUGCCCCGACACGAACACCUUCGUUUUUCCCUGGGGCGAGGCCACCGUCACGCUCGAGGACGUGAUGGUCCUAGGGGGUUACUCGGUUUGGGGGUCCUCCCCUGUUUUGAGCACCCAUCUCGGGAGCCACUCCGGGGAGGUUGAGAUGAAGCUGAAGCGAAAGAUGUCCGAGAUGUCAAAGGCCUCCGCGAGCAAGGUGGGCUGCCGCGAGUGGAUGAAGAAGUUUAGGGGCGCCGAGAGCGACAUGGAGCACGAGGCCUUCCUCGCGUUUUGGCUGUCGAGGUUUGUGUUCGCGAGCUCUUGCGAUGUGAUCCCUGCGAGGGUGCUCCCGAUGGCGAUAGGUCUGGCUAGAGGCACGAGGAUUGCACUUGCGCCCGCUGUUUUGGCUCGCAUUUAUAGAGAUUUGAGUUGGCUGAAGAAUGUUUUAGAUGGACUAGUGCCCAGGACGAAGGAUGGAAAUGAAGCGGGAGGGAUUUAUGUAACGUUGUCGGCCGCGUUUGCUUUGGUUCAGAUAUGGGCUUGGGAGAGAUUUGUGAUCACCAUCAGGCCAAAACCUAGAGAGGUUCAGCCAGGGGAGCCUUGGUUGGGUCGAUGGCACAGAUCAACAAAAUUGAUCCUUCAAAAUGUGCAUUCCAUGAUGGGCGAAGCCGGAGCGCAUUUUAAAUGGCGUCCCUACAGCUUGGCCGUGAAUAACCUGGCGUCCUAUGCAUUUUAUGGCGAGAAAGAGAACUGGGUGUCGCUGGAGGAGGACGCCGAUGGGGAACUGAGGUCAUUCGCUCACUGCUUGAUGGCUUGGGAAUUGCCCGGGUUGGAUUUCGUUGAGAAGUAUUCGCCUCAUCGAGUGGCCAUGCAAUUCGGGAUGGAUCAAGAUAUGCCAGGUCGAGUUGCCCCCUGCAACCAGGACCCUGAGAUUGCUUGGAACAACUACAGUAAGUCACUCCAAGGUGUGCAAUUGUACAUUCCAGCAAGGCUUUACAAACCGUGCAUAACAGCUCGCUAUGCUGAGUGGUGGGCUUCAAGGAGUUCAAAUAGAUCAAUGCAGGGAUUAAAAGGAAAGUUGGAAGUUAAUGAUGACUCGGUUCCUCCUGGUUUUUGGCGGAAAAACAUUACUGUGGACACAGCUGACUCCGGCGAAAGUGAUGAUGGGCUAACUUUGGCAGAAUUUCUAAGGUCCAAUAGGCGAACAAGUGCUACCGGGAGCUGCUUGGUUAGUGUCUGCAACAAUUGCUCGCAGAAUGAUCAAACGCAAAGUUCCUUCUUACAGAAUGCGGAUAAAGAAGACACGGACAUCGAAAUGAGAGAGUCACAAUUGGAACCUGUCGAGAGGAAUAGGCCCCACGAUACUGCUCCUGGAGGAGCUCAAAGAGAAAAUGGGGAAGGCACAAAUGGAAUAGACCAUAGCUUUACCGAAGGAGGUUUAGCCAGCGGAAAUGUGGGAGGAAGCAGUGAGGGUUCAAUGAUUGGAAUCCUAGCACUGGAUCUCGAAGCUCGGAUUAGCAAGCUGGAGAGAGCAGUUGCUGCGCAAAAAGCUCGGAUUACCAAAUGAAAAGUCACUCUGAAGAAAUUCAAUUGCGAUGCUUUCAUGU